AUGAACGCACACAACAGCACAUUCUCUCUGGGUGAACUCGUGCGUCCUCCUCAGUCAGGACUCGGCAGUCGAUCAGGUAAGCCGCGUAUUGGCUUGGCGGCUCAGGAUAUUAAGGUGGGUGAUUUCCAGUGGAUAUUUAGGCCCACACAUUUGGCGACCGACAGGCGACAUAGAGCUAUUGAAUAUUUCGUCAUAGUUUCACGGUGUAGACGUGCAGAACCUGUUUCGGAAAUCACCCACCAAAUCAGAAAGAGCUGGAAAUCCAAGUUGUGUCUGCGAAAUAAGCUGCUCAUAUACAAGCAGGUGUUCCGACCAGCGAUAAUGUAUGCAGUUCCGAUUUGGUCUAGCUGCUGCGCGACGAGGAAAAAAGCCAUCCAGAGGAUUCAGAACAAGGUUCUGAAAAUAAUUUUGCGGCUUCGACCUUGGCACAGCACCGAAGAUCUUUAUCGGAUUGCGGGGAUUGAAUCUAUCGAAGAGAUGGCUAACAACAUCAUCUCCAACUUCAGGUGCAAAUCGAUGCAGUCUUCCAUCGCAGAGAUUCGUUCUCUUUAUAAUUAGUGUAAUUUUCGAAUAGUUUUUAGUUUUAAGUUUAAAAUAUUUUUGACAUUGUAGGAUGUUCUCCUACAUUAAAUACUUGAUUGCGCUCAGCAAAUUUAGGUCGAAUAAAUAAAUUUUUAGCGAUUAA